AUGCCAGUAACGCGAAGUCAGUCUAAGAACCUGGCCAACCAGAGUUCGAUCCCAGCACAGGCCAACACAGAGCAUAUCGAGAUCUCCACCAGAAGCGUGGAACAAGAACAAGCAGCGAGAGGAUCUUUCGUUGAAUGGCUUGAUCUUGACUAUGGCACCGAUUCAAUAUUGAAACACAUCGACUGGAGGUCCAUCCUCAGGGAUGUUCGAAAAGUUGAUGGCUGUCGCCAGAUCAUAUCUGCAUGUCCCAUGGAAAAUCCCCAGAGACUGUGGAUUAUAAUACCCUACGGGUUAAAGACUGGCUUACUAGAACUCAUCGAAACAAGUUUCAUCAGUCAGAUGCAAUGA